AUGUCGAGGCGCACUGUGUGUCCUGUCGGGCUGGCACGUCGAGUGAGUGACUCAACUGGAGUAACAAUUUUCAAUAUGAGACUUCUCCGGCCACGGAACGUAAUCGAAGAGAGUUGGCCAUCGAUUUGCGCGACAAGAAUUAUCGGAUUACGUCCAGUCGUUAUACGUCGAACAAAGUUGUUUGGUUAUUUAUACAUUCUCAUCUUCUGGAUAUUGUAUUACACUAUGGUGUACUUAACGGUGGAUUACGCAAAUGAGAUAUUUGCGGACUGGCGGACGGUCUCAAAAUCAAUGAGGAUCAAGCCGGCUGAAUUUAUUAUGAAUAUUCUAUUCUGUAGUCUUACAGUCUGCAGCAGCGUAUUUAAUAGUAUUAAGGAGGAAAACGCAAACUCUGUACUCAACAAGUUUGAUGAAAAACUAAAACUACUCGACGUUAAAUUCAAUUACAAAACCUUCAUGAAAGCUGAACUUGUACAUGUCUUUGGAAUUGGCUUAUUUACUGUUUUAAUGUCCCUCAUUGAAUACGCUAACUUACAAAGUGCAAGUAGAACAAAUUUGUACGUUCUCAUGUCUAUUACAAAUCAAUUACCGCAGUUAGUAAACAGUUUCGCAAUUGUGCCUUUCGUGAUUAUGUGCAUGAAGGUCAGUAAACGAAGGGAGGUAAUCAAUUAUUUGAUUCCGACGAUGAGUAAUCAAGCUGGGAAGGUUCCUGGUAGUCUCUCGAUCGACAUGAACAACGUUUUCAGGGUGAAGUUACUCAGCGAGGCCUAUGGACUGCUGGUUCGUGUCGUUGCCACGAUCAAUGACACAUACGCUUCGCUUCUUCUGAUAAGCUUCAGCUUCUUCUGGGCUUGGAUUUUUGUACAUCUUCGUCUCGCUUAUUUGGCGUAUCAGGCGGGAAAACAACAAGCAGAUUUAUGUAUGGAACUCUUGUGGGUGUUCUUUCUCCUCUGGAAGUGUACUUAUAUUAUUGAUACAUGUCAUUCCGGGAAUUCUCAGGGAAAGCGUCCCAGUAUUCUACUCUAUGAAUGCCAGACAAACUCGGAUCAUCAUUUGCUUAGGCAGGAGAUGGAAUCUUUUGCGCGCCAGGUGGAAAACACGAAUAUCAGGUUCACAGUGUACACUCUCUUCGCUAUUGAUUAUGCCAUACUACUGAAGAUGUUCCUGGGAUCAUCGUUAAUGAUACUCGCAGUAUCCACCCUAGCCUCAGCCCGUCCAGAGCCCCCAACUGGUCAAUACCUACCCCCUGACCAGCAGUACGGUCCCCCACGUAAAAACGACUAUCCCGGUGGUGGUCAACCAGGCCAAAAUGUACAAAACAGUGGAUUUGGAACAAAUCAAUACCUACCACCGAAUCAGCAAUAUGGACCACCCGGAGGUGCACCCGGUGGUGGUUACGGUGAUGGAUACAAUGACACACCGGCUAAAUACGAAUUCGAGUACAUGGUGAAUGACGCUGACAGUGGAAAUGACUUUGGACAUAAAGAGAGUCGCGACGGUGAUGUGGCACGUGGUGUCUACUACGUCUUGUUGCCUGACGGUAGACGUCAGACAGUGGAGUACAUCGCCGAUCAAAAUGGCUUCAGACCGGUAGUCACUUACAUACAAGAGGGCACGGGAAAUGGCUACCGAAAUGACGGUGGCACCGGUUACCCAAGUGGAAACAAUGGUUAUCGUUAUUAGUUUCGUACAUGGACAACGACUAUUGGGCCUAUUGCCACAUUAAGAUCUUAACUGUAAUAUCCCACUACAAGACCCAUACC